AUGUCGCAGGUUGUAUAUAUUACACUUGAAGAACCCAUACCCAAUCGUAUAGACGGUAUCCCUAAAACACAGUCCGAUUGGAUUCAUCCGAAUUUAAUUGAAAGCGUCGACCCGGUCAAAGGCCGUCAGCUACGAGCCUCGGAACACAUCCCGAAGGGCACCUGUGUCCUCAUCGACCACCCAUAUGCUAUAAUUCCCGUCGUGGACGACCCAGCAACAAACGACGACCUCAUUUGCAGCAAUUCCGCCUGUAAUCGUCGGUCUCUGAGUCAAUCGGGCAGAUUGUCAUGUUCCAAUUCCUGCAUCGCUGAUGUUUCGUGGUGCAGCAGCACUUGCAGAGAUGCUGACAAGGCUCGACAUGAUUUCGAAUGUACAUGGCUCAAACGCUAUGCCGAUCCCAUUCGAAAGAAAUGGGGCGAGUACGAUUUCGGCAUGUUGUGGGUGAUUGUUCGGUUGCUUGCUUCUCGGCAAACGAAGCCGCGGCCGCAAAAUGAGAAUGUCUUACCAACGUCGCAGCCUUUGAAACAUGGCUGGGCUGGUAUCGAGUCACUAUGCGGCUCUGUCGAUACAUGGCCUCAUGAGCAGGUCCGAUCUUGGACUACGUUGGUGAAGAAAUAUCUGCAGAAUGGCCCGGUUCUGCCUCAUGGAUUAAGUGCAGACCAGGUGUUGCACCUGAUCUGUCAGGAAGAGGCCAACUCGUUUGGCCUAUAUCCAAGGGAGACGGGGAUUUAUCCACCUCCACAACCUCUUGUUGGCCGAGGGGAGCAGUUUGCCGCAGCAGUGUAUCCUACGGCUGCAAUGGCAAACCACUCCUGUGUACCAAAUAUGACACAUAAACCCGAUGAAGAUGGCCGCAUGAUUUUCACGGCCUCUCGUGACAUUUUACCAGGCCAGGAAUGUUGUAUUUCUUACUUCGACCUUACCAAGCACACGGACUUGACGUCGCGCCGCGAGCAUCUGCGUAAAUCGUUCAAGUUUACCUGUCAGUGCGAUCGAUGCGUAUCUGAAGAGCCCGCAGAAGAGACCAAUGACUGGACUCCAAUGCCAAUGAUGGAUAUUUAA